CCUGUUUGGAGUCCGGGCAGUAGAAGGAGAAGAAGAAGAAGGAAGAGAGGAGGCUCCUCUCUCACAUCAACACAAAGUGAUGCUCGACAGAUUCGUCAUCUGCGACACUAACACUUAACCCAUCCCCACGGAGUCUUUACACUGAUCUCCAGUCUGUCAAGGGACCGACACAUCAACUGUUACUCGGAGAGGUCGCUGUCCUCAGCAACAAGAGCCAAAUGAACGGAGCAGCAUUCCCUUCCCCCACGGCAGAGAUGGCGGAGAUGAACCGUAUCCAGUAUGAGCUGGACUACACCGAGGGGAUCAGCCAGAGGAUGCGCAUCCCUGAGAUGCUCAAAGUGUCCAACGAGGACCCUAACUUUGGAUCCCAAGAGGUCCCCCGCAGCGUCUUAAUGCAAGUGCCAGAGAGAAUCGUGAUUUCAGGAGAAAGUAGUGAUUCCCAGUACUCCAGACCUAGAGAUCUCGACCUUAUCCAGUCAACACCACUUGAAGCCCUUUCCCUGAAGACACCACCCAGAGUCCUCACCCUCAAUGAGCGACCCCUGGACUUCAUGGAAGAGGAGCAGCGGGGAGCUCCGGACAAUGAGGAGUUGCUGCGGCCCCAAGGACGAGUGCGACGAGAACGCUCAGCCAGUGAGAACACCCCCGUCCGUCAGAUCAGUCAGCCGAUGAAAACUGAUUCAGCUGCGACCCCGUCCCCCCCAGCCACUAUCCACACUUGUCUCCCUCUCACCGUGACCGAGGAAGAGCACAACCUGUACAGCGCUAGCGGCGUAUUAUCUUUCCUCCAGUCUACCACACGUCGGGCCUACCAGCAGGUCCUGGAGGUCUUGGAUGAGAACCCUCGCAGCAAACCAUCUCUGCGAGGGGGGUCAGCUUCAGGCUCCAACCCCCUGCAUGAAACCAGGCUUGCACUAUCAUCUUACGAGGCAUCGCUGGACGCCGGGCCUGAUGAUAUGACAGUGGUUGAUGCAACAACACUUCGACGUCAGCUCAUCAAGUUAAACCGGAGACUCCAACAUCUGGAAGAGGAGAACAAGGAGCGAGCGAAGCGGGAGAUGAUCGUGUACUCGGUCUCCGUAGCCUUCUGGCUCGUCAACACUUGGGUGUGGCUGCGACGUUAGAGCCGUUCUGUGUUUCUGAAAUCACCUUGACAAGAGAACGUACAUAUCCUUAUUCUAUGUGUCAAACUUUAGCUGCCCGCUGCACUCCGGCCCUGUGCGUUGAAGACCUUGACGCGUGUUCAAGGCCUUGUUGGGCACAGGGCUGAUCUCUUUUGAUUUUUGUUUAUUUAAUACAUGUACAGUUUUAUUUUUUUACUCUUGGCUUGUUCUUGUCUUUUCUGUUUUCAUGUGCUUUGUUUUGUAUUAGAGAUCUUAUUUCUCAAUGCUAAGCAUGACUUGUUGUAAAUAGUUGUUCAUGUCACUCAGAGCUUUGGAGGGGAGUGAUCCAGACCUACGGCGUAGUUUACCAAAAUAAAGAAGUUGGGGGUUUAAAAUGUUGAAUAUAUUUAAUGCGAGUGAGAGUCGUACGUGACUUGAACCUUAAAUAAAGCCAUAUACAUGA